GCGCACUGUCCACUGCAGGUAGCGUGCAACGUCGCAAAAACGAGACCAUCAUGCCCGCUGUUCCGGAAACUGCGCUCAAGAAGCGUAAGCGCGAUGAGGCUUGGGCUGCAAAGAAGGCUGCCGCCGCUGCUGAGGCGAAGGCUCACGCAGAGAAGAACUCCAAGGAGAUCUUCAAGCGCGCAGAGAAAUAUGUAAAAGAGUACCGCGAUCAGGAAGCGGACUUGGUACGACUAAAGCGUGACGCCCGUGCGAAAGGAGGGUUCUACGUUGAACCCGAGGCCAAACUCAUGUUUGUCAUGCGGCUCCGUGGUCUGAACGAUCUCCACCCCCAGACUCGCAAAGUUUUACAACUGAUGCGCCUCCGUCAAAUCCACAACGGCAUUUUCCUUCGUGUGAACAAGGCGACGAUAAACAUGUUGAAAAAGGUUGAACCGUACGUGAUGUUUGGAUACCCCAAUCUGAAGACGGUUAAGGAGCUAAUUUACAAGCGCGGGUACGGCAAGGUGAACAAGCAGCGCGUGCCGCUGACAGAUAACGCGAUCAUUGAGAAAGCGCUUGGCGACAAGGGGAUUAUCUGUGUUGAGGAUCUUGUUCACGAGAUUUACACAGUUGGACCACAUUUCACCGCAUGUUCCAACUUUCUAUGGCCAUUUAAGCUCUCUGCGCCCCUGGGUGGCAUGACUAAGAAGCGUCUGCAUUACAUCGAAGGUGGUGAAGCAGGUAACCGUGAGGAUAAAAUCAAUGCACUUGUGCGUCGCAUGAACUGAGCAGCUGGUCACCAGAAGUAAACGGUUUCGACACCGGUGAAUUUUGGUGGCUGGGCGGGGGUCGGUUGCAUAUCAGGAAAUGUUUUGAGAGAACUGCAUCCAGCGAAAAGAAUCAUGUUAUGAUGGGCGUUGCUGGUUCUUUUAGCACAGCAGGGGUGGUAUUGUCAGCUGUCUUCAAGAACAGUCCUGAAUUCUUCGGAUACCUUAAAGGGCUUAGGCCUUCCCUAUUUAUAAACAUACGAAGGUAUUUGAUAGGUGAAAGUAAUACUACUUUCUACUACUACACGUACU